AUCCAACGCCCUGCAUCUGACGCUUCUAAUCCUCUCACACACGAAACACAGAUUCUCCUACACAAUGCACAUCACUUAUAUCCUCCCCGAUCUGAAUAUGGCGUGCCCUUCUGCCCAGAAACUCGAUGUGUCGACAACUGCCGCCAGUGCCCCGGUGGCCGAGAUGAACUGUCCAGAGGAAUCAGACAACUCUACCCCUGACCCUGAAGCUACCACCGUCUUUUGGGAGGAUGUACCGCCAGUCGCUCAAGAGGCCGAGCAGAGUGUCACAAAAGCCACGGCUGGCUUGCAGACCGAUUACUUCGUUAUCAAGGAACUGCUUGGGCAUCGCUGUGACCCUACCUGUGACACUCUUUUCGAGAUCAAUGUCAGUUGGGAGGGAGACGAAGAGACCUGGGAGCCCGAGAGCAAUCUCCAGAAAGAUGCUGCACUGACCUUGUUCGCCUACUGGAGCCGUGUGAAGGGCGGACGGGAAAGUGCAAUGGUGGACAGGGAGUUGUGGCACGUUUUCAAAAUCAUGUCUCAUGAGACGAAGCCCGAUGGCAACGUUUACUUGCAGGUCGCUUGGGUCGGAUCUCCUGAUACAUCGUGGGAGCCAGAAGCGAAUAUUCGGGAAGCUGCCGGCAGACUUGUGGAUAAUUAUUGGCGCUCUGUCGUCGGCCGCUUGGGGGCAAUGGCGAGACCGGCCGAGGCUGGGUCUUUUGUAAAGGAUGCGACUGGGUUGAUGAACAAGAGGCGCAAGAUGAUGCAGCUACCCCAUUUUUCAGGUAGAUUAGGUGUUCCGAGUGAUGGAAGAAAAGGAAGGAGUGCACGCAGCUAGGAGCGGAGCAGUCGAAAGGCGGUACAAUCAGCUCCAGGUCAACGUUUGAGGGGCCGAGUUCCUGCGUCGGUUUUCGAUUUCUGAAUCCUAUUCCGCAUGGGAAUAUGGCAGCACUGGGUUCUGUCGCCGUGAUUGAUCACUAUACGCAAAGGCCAUAGAGAAGUCGUCAAAGAGGGCGUCAAAUAUAAAGGACAGAAAGGAGGCUUUACUUUC